AUGCACUUGUCAACUCUUCGCCGUGCUCCGAAGUAUUCCUUCCGUGGGGCGCGGGACAGGUUUAAGACCCGCAGCCUCCGGGCCGCAGCGCAAGUGCCCGGGCCUGGCAAAUAUGGAGGCGCUGACACGCCGCCCGAGGCAUAUUCCUCCCGCCAUCGACGAAGUCCUGGAUAUGGCUUUGGAACUGGUCCCAGAGAGGUAAACAGCCAGCUGGUUGUACCUGGGCCGGGGGCGUAUCCACGAGCCUCAGGCAGCUACAUUGGCUCUGGCAGAGCCUAUUCCCUCACUCCGCGGCGGUGGCCUGGAUCACCCGAUCUUGAGAGUGACCCAGCUAUGCCAGGCCCAGGCGCGCACGUCCAGGAGGCGAAGCCUGACGGGCCGCGCUACAGCAUUCUGCCUCGCAGGGCCGCGAAGGCCGGAGCUGUCCUGGUUCCUGGGCCGGCCCAGUACGGCAGCAUGGAAGGAGCCCUUGGCCGGACCAAGCCUCGGCUGCCGAGCUGGGGCUUUGGCACGGCGAAGCGUCAAGACCAAGGGCAACAGAUGGAGGAUCGACCCGUCAAUGGCAUCAAAGGGAAGAGCACAUCUGCAGCUUGGAUGUCGAAACUGCCUGGACCUGGUUCGUACAAUGCUCCCAGCUCCCUUGGUGAGGGGCCAAAGUUCUCAGUGGGAGCCCGCAGAGCGGCGGCGCGGCAAGCGACUUCACCGGGACCAGGGGACACGGGCGGCCCUUACACCACUUUUGCGUGA